AUGUGGAGAAAUUGGUUAAUCGCACUUAUUUCAACUGGUUUGUACUAUGAGAUCUGUACUGGUGCAGGAUACCUCGACCUUCAACCAUCAAAUCUUACAGUAGCACAAAACACUGAAGUUCCAUUUAAACUGAACUCUUCUAUAAGUUCUGAAACAAACUGUACGAUAUACUUUGGUGAUGGCAGUAGCCUGGAUCUUUAUAGAGAGUCGGGGGAUCAGAACCCUAUACCGUUUACAAAGCUCUUUACCACAGUCGGAAAUCAGAGCGUAACUGCAACAUGUGAUGAUUUCCCUUUUAAUGUGGUGUCAUACAUUUUGGUGAAAACGUAUACUAUAAACGAUUUUAAUUUACUUUAUACUUCGCCGUUCUCGGUGAACUAUACCGUUUACGGAGAUGUACCGUUUACCAUACUAUUAUCCGAUAUUGAGGCCGUACCCUCUAAUGUGCAGCUAUCCUGGGAUUUUGGGGAUGGCAUCAUCGAGGACACGGUUCUAACCGACUGGAUAACAGUACAUAGAUACGCCACAAGAGGACUCUACGUCGGCCAGCUGUCUAUCACCGCUUUAGGAAGUGAAAGAAUUUAUACUUUUGAGCAACAAGUGGGAGUGAUAAAACUGUCUGUUAAUAAAGACGUUGAUUUUGUCAAUACUGCGAUAUCCUUUACAAUAGCGUUUGUUACACCUUUGAGUGACAAUCCGACCACUCUGCCUAUUACUCUAGACUAUGGUGAUGGGGAAACAAUUGCUAUUACUACAGAAGCUAUUCCAACAAAAAACCAUUAUUAUCCUUUAGAUGAUUAUUAUUACCCCCUUGUUACAGGCGAAAACGGCUCGUUCAUUGAACACGUGGCCUUGCCUAACCCACUGAUAAUAGAAAAUGAUAUAAAUAACAAGCUACAGCCGGCAUUCGACGGGAAUAUCAACUUUCCACCGGGAGAUCUGUCCUUUCAGAUGAACGUACCAGCGGGUACUCCAAGGCUUUAUUAUAUGAAAUGCUCGUUUCGUUUCGGUGAUGAUAUUGAUAAAGGUUUGCAUAUUUUCAUACACAAUCAAACCGUCAACAACCCUCUGAUAUUCGAGUAUCAUUACAGAACCUUAGGGCAACAUCGAGUACAUUGGAAAUGCGAGAAAAAGUUGACAUCACAAGCGGGGAAUUUUCUUGUAAAGGUCAUCAAUAACUGUGUAACGAAAAAUGGCGUAUUCGAUCGGCAAUAUUCUAAUCAUACGAGGCCACUAGGUUUAUAUACCUCGGAUGUCCAGGAAAUAACUAGCCGUUUGACUGUUGUUUGCAUCAACCAGGGUCCUUACUAUCUGUGGUCUAUGUAUAAACUUCGUAAUAUAACAUCAGAGCCAUUUCCGAAUCCUGAUGAAUGGGAAGAGGUUUAUCCUAUACAGCAACCUGGUGGAGAUUCCAUUCAAUUUCCCAUCGGCUCCAUACCACGGGGAUGGUAUCGACUGAAUUUCAGAGUUAGUUUUACAACCCAUACAAGAUACUUUGAAGAAUCCACAUAUAUUGCGUUUCUUGAGCCACCUUUACGAGCUGACAUUGUUGGUGGGUUCACAGUAACCGGAGGAUACUACGAACACGAAAUAAACGGUUUUGAACAGUCGUACGAUCCGUUAAUUGAGAUAGGCAAUGAAGAUCCUGAUAUUGAGUUUUCUUGGCAGUGUUCUCGAGUAGCGUCAUCAACAUUUAAUGAACUCCAAGCCAUUUACCACAAUGAAUCUAUCUCGGUCCCAUGCAGCAAUAUAACCACAGCUGCUGGCCGAGGAAUCCUUAGUUUUGAUGCAUCAGCACUAACUUCACCAGAAGGGUUUGUUUUCGUAUUGACAGUUACCAAACCAGAUCGUAACUCUGAUACUUUUACUCAACUCUUCCAAGUUGAAGGAGGAACUCCAAAGAUAGAUAUAAAAUGUAUAAUCAAUUGCGAGAUAAAAACAGCUGUAUCAUCAGAUCUAUCACUAGUAGUGUAUUGUCCAUCAUGCUUAGAAACAGAUCUGUUGGAAGCUCAGUACACCUGGAACAUGGUCCAUUUGGUACCAGAGGAAUCCACAGAACAGGCAAAUUUCUCAGUUGUAGAAAACUUUGAAGAGAAUGUGAUUGAUACAGGUGAAAACCCGUCAACGUUCGUGUUAAAGAAGGGUUUUAUAGAACCGGGAAAGGUAUAUCUCAUAUCAGUAGAAGUUAUCUUACCAGGAUUUGAAACUCCCGGAUUCAGCUCAUUUAGAGUAGUGACCAAUUUACCUCCAUACGGUGGUACAUGUACCGUGGACCCUACCUCGGGCGUUGCUACACAGACAAAGUUCCGGGUAUUUUGUGAUAAUUGGAAGGACGAAGGAUAUAGGAAUGGUUAUAAUCCAGUCUUGGACAAACACGAACCCUUUACUUUUAAAUAUUUGAUUGGAAAAGAAAAUCAUUUGGUGCCGUUGAUGGCUGGAGGAGAAAGUACCUCGCCAGAGAUGGAUUUACCGUUAUUUCCAGAAUUAAAUGGUACUGACUAUAGUAUUAUUAUCCGAGUGUUUGAUAUCCUACAAGAUUAUACUGAAGUUACACUUAAUAUAACUUUAACUUCGCCAUUAGCAAGUAUGCCUAAUGUGUCAGGAGCGGAAAAAGUAGAUGAUUUGAUUAGUGCUAAAUCAACAGAUCUAUCAGAAGCUAGUGGUACCAGUAGCACUGUCAGGUUCUCGAGAACUGUCAAUAGUGUAGUAGCAGCCGUUCAGUCUGUUCCUUUACCACAAGAUCCCUUGUUAAUAGAUGCUACUGGUGGUAUAAGUCAGGUCCAGCCAGACUGGUUAGAAUUGUGGAAUGAUUUUAAAAGACCGAGAGAUCUGACAACACAAAAAGCUGUGGCCGAGAAAGGCCAGGAUUUUGUAGCAGUGAUGAAAGGUAGAAAGGAAUCAUUUACAGAUUUAAAUGGCCAGGGGGUUACGAUUGUUUCUGAAUGUUUAACAAACAUCAUGGCUAACCCUGAGAGUACUACAUUAGAUACAGCGUUACAAGGGGCAGACGUAACAUUCAGUGCGUCAGAUCGUCUGAAUGGGUUGUUAAAUAAGCGCCCAUUUCCUGUUAAAGAGAAGAUAGAUGAAGUCGUUAAUGGAAUGACUGGUAUGAUGGACAAAGUGAUAAAUGCAGUUACACCAGAUCUGGAGGGCAAGGUGGCAGAAAUAACAACCGCGUCCGUUCGAGAACUGGUUUCACAAACUGGUAUCGGUGGCAGCGAAGUGUCUCCAAAUGAGGCAGCCUUUAUAGCUCAGAGAAUUGCUACCAUACAAAAUUUAGAAGUAGAGAAGAAAAAGAACGCAAGUCGACAGUUAAUAAGUGGAAUGGAGGACAGUCUUGAGAGAAGUCACGAUGCUUUAACUAAGAGUCUAGUAAGUGGACAAGCACCCAAGACAAUAGAGAGAGGCAAUAUCGUCUUACGGGCACAGAAGCUCAGUCCCAAUGAACUGGCUAGACAGGAUAUAAAAGCUGGUGACUUCACACUGAAUCUACCAGCUGCAAAUACUACUGGUGGAUUAAAUCGUAGUGAACCAGUAGAUAUUCAGGCUACAGUUUUUAAGAAGAAUCCAUUUUCCUGGGGAUCCAAUGGAACAUCUUAUGGUAUUGACUCACCAAUUGUUUCGUUGAAACUGAAAGCACCUAAUGGAACAGUUGCUAACAAAAUGCCUAUUUCACUUAAACUGAAGACAAAAUCGCCACCGAAGUACCAGACUUUCAAUGUCAAUGAGACCUUGAAGGGUCCAUACGGAAUGCAUUACCAUACUUUCUUAUUGCGAGACACUGCAGAUUAUUCUUUUAUGGUUAUCAAGGCAUCCAAUGAGACCACCAAUGUAAAGGCAUACUUUCGAGUUGAUAAAACUCCUAAGUUAAAACACUAUGACUAUAAGAUCAAUGUGGCUGCUGAAGAAGUAAACGGGGAACGAAUCUUCAAGCUGCUUGUACCAGCCCAUACUUUAAAGAAGGGGAAAGUUGUUGUUGGACUCCUGUUUGACGAAGAAGAGCCUGAUCCUGACGAUCCGGAAGCUAAUUCUAGAAGAAGACGAAGCGUCUCAUUUAAUGAAAAAGGAGUGAACGAGACUACAACUAGCUAUAAUCUAGUAGCAGGAACAGAUGGCUGUAAGGUGUGGAUUAGAGAAAGAGAAUAUUGGGACGACACAUCUUGUAAGGUAUCGCCAUAUUCUACACCAGAAGAAACCAUAUGUGACUGUGAAGAUCCUCCAGCAUUAACAUUUGGAAGUUCAUUUUAUUCUCCACCUAAUACUAUUGACUUUUCUACUGUCUUCGAGAAGUUUGACAUCUCCAAUGCGUCUGUUUAUGGAACAGUGUUAGCUAUUCUGUUAGUGUAUAUUUUGCUAUUGUUGUGGGCCAGACGAGCUGAUAAACGCGACUAUAGAAAGUGGCAGGUGGGAUACUUGAAGGACAACCAUAAAGAUGAUGAAUAUUUCUACCUGUUAACUGUUGAAACUGGAUUGAGAAAACAUUCUGGUACUAGAUCUAAUGUAUAUUUUAUACUGAGCAGUCAGAAGGCAGAUUCUGGUGUCAGGGUUUUAAGCGAUGGAGAGAGGCAUCUUGAAACCGGAAGUGUAAUGACGUUCAUUAUGACAUCUGAUAUACAGUUAGAUGAGUUACAGUUUCUAAGAAUCUGGCAUGAUAAUUCUGGCGAAUAUAGCGCAGACUGGCUCUUCAACAAAAUGAUCGUUGAAGAUUUAGAAACUAGGAAAAGGAGUAUAUUUGUCUGUAAUAGAUGGUUAAGUGUGGGGAAAGAUGAUGGUUUAAUAGACAGAAUAGUUCCAAUUUCAGCCAAAAAGGAUCUGACGUUUACCCAUUUAUUUAGUGAACAUGCUCGAAAUAAUGCUACCGACAGUCAUCUGUGGUUGUCUGUGGUAUUCAGACCGAACAGGAGCACCUUCACCAGAGCCCAGAGGGUGUCCUGCUGUAUUUGUAUAUUGUUUUUAACUAUGAUAACAAGCGCCAUGUUCUUUAGAUCAAGCAAUGUCGAUACAGACGAAGAAACAGUUAAAGAUGAACUGGUUUUAGGACCAUUACGGUUUUCAGCCUAUACAAUAUGGGUAUCAUUUGUAAGCAUCCUAAUAACCGUUCCACCAUCAAUGGUUAUAGUAUACCUCUUCAGAUAUUCGAGACCAAGGAGACGAAAGAGCAAAACUUCCAAAACAAAGAACAUGAUUAUACCAGAGUAUACUGCUGACAGUAAAGAAGGAAAUGGAUUGGAUUUGAAGCCAGUGGAUUCGGAGGAAACUGAGGUCGAGGAAAUCAGCUUGAACAGUGGCAGUGGAGUGGACAAGGACAUUGGUGAUGUUGAUAAGGCAGAAAAGGGAGAAUUAGAUCAAUCAGAACUGAUCCGUGAUGCUGAUAAAUCUAAUAAAAGAGAUAAUUUGAAUGAGGUCCUUGAAAGCCUAGAGAAAAAUGUCCUUGACGAAAUGGAUCAAGAAAAACCACUACCAUUCUGGUGUCUGUACAUUUCGUGGAUAUUACUUACUGUGACCAUUCUAGUUUGUGGCUUCCUUCUGAUCCUAUACAGUAUGCAAUGGGGAAAAUCAGUGUCUGAAGAAUGGGUUACAUCUUUCUUUUUAUCAUUUUUUGAAAAUAUUUUUCUGACUGAUCCUUUAAAGAUUGCAGUAUUUGCUAUAGUAUUCUCUGUAUUGAUGAAAAGUCCGUAUUCUAAACAAGAUAAAUUAGAUGUAGAAAUAGUGAAAGAUGGAGCACGGAAGAAUAUUAAAUUCGACCAAGGUGGCCAACUGAAACCACCCGAACCAUUACCAGAAGAUGUUUUAGUACGAGCUCGAAGACGACAAGAACAAGAAACACACGCCUACUCUGUUCUGAUCGAGAUAGUGAUAUAUACAGGGUUUAUUAUCGCUCUCUGUGUUAUAGCUUAUGGUACCAGAGAUCCACUGUCUUAUAACUUUACUGAACACAUUAAAACACACCUUUAUACUAACAGAUUUGAUAAGAUUCAGAAUAGAACCCAUUUUAUGGCAUGGACAGAAAAGAACCUGUUUCCAUUCGCAUUUGCAACUUAUGACUUUAACGGAGAUGUCUUAGAUUGGAGACGAAAACUGUACUUUUUUGAUUUGGUUAGUUUUCGAGUUGGACCAGUUAGAAUACGCCAAAUUCGAAUAAAGGAUAGACCACCACCAGAUAAUGAUAACUUCUUUGGUGAUAGAUUCUACAAUUUGUUAGAUAAUCGGACUUAUUACGGGUCAUUGUCGCCGGAAUAUGAAGAAACCGGUGAAUAUUGUUUAUAUUGGAAACCAAAACCGUGUAGUCUGGAAGAAAUAUCUAGUGCUCAAACGUCACCGUCGUGGGUCUAUACAUCCUCCAAUCAGGAUUGGGGGCUGCCCCUUAUCGGAAAGAUAUCAUUAUAUGGUGCCAGUGGAUACUUCUUCGAUAUGGAUAUAAACUAUGAUUCAUCUGUGGCAAUGUUCACCGAGCUUUAUAACAAUCUAUGGAUUGAUAGACAAACCAGAGCCGUUUCAGUCGAGUUUUCGUUGUUCAAUGCUGAUGCAAAUUUGCUGAUGGUGGUACAAUUAAUCGCCGAGUUUCCUGAAUACGGUAGUGCUGUCACGUGGCACCAUAUAAACGCUAUAAGGAUAUUCCAACAUGUUACUUCUAUGGGAAUAAUGGUCAUUGUCUGUGAGAUCAUUGUAGCAAUCGUUAUGAUAGUAACUUUGGUCAAGGCAAUUAAAUCUAUAGUUAAACAGCGAUGCCAAUACUUUCAGGAUUUUUGGCACAUUAUGGACAUUUUGACUGUUAUCAUUACCUUAUUUGGAGUCAUCAUAUUCAUACUGAAAGAAGUCUUUUUAGAACAGACAUUGUCGUUAUUCCGCGAAGAUCCUAAAAGCUUUGUGAACUUCGAGCACAUCGUUUGGUUCGACUCUAUGUUUUUAUACGCUCUUGCCUUCUUGUUAUUCUUCACGACCAUUGGGAUGAUGCGAGUUUUAGGUUACAACAAAAAAAUAACAAUUAUUGCUUUAGUCUUGAAACGUUCGGCUAAAAACUUGGGAAGUUUUGGGGUUCUGUUUAUUCUCAUGUUCUUUGGAUUCAUUUCCAGUGGGUAUAUUCUGUUCCAUAGUAACAUUGCAGAAUUCAAGACUCUGUAUGAUGCCUUGUUCACUUGCUUUACCUAUCUUUUGGGUAAAAAUCAUCUACAACAAAUGUUGGUCGUUGCACCGAUUUUGGGUGCAUUAUUUUUCAGUUUAUUUGUGUUUUAUGUGAUAUUUAUACUAUUAACAAUGUUUCAAGCUAUUUUGAACUCUGGAAUAACAACCGUUCGUAAUGAAGUGUGUAGCGAGGAACAACCCUACGGUGUCGUGGACGUUUUAAUGAAUAUGUACAGGGGAUUGAUCGUUGACUUUAUUCCCGAAAAAUUAAAGAAAUCGCAGAGUGAAAACGAAAAAGACAAGAAAGGUAAAAAAAAGAAACAAAAGCCAGACUAUAAUAAUCAUGCACAAGGCGAUGCUGAUGCAGAAAAUGUUUCAAUAGACGCCAAUACUUCUCCAGCUUGUGCUGAAACUGCUACCACAACCUAUGAUAAUAGAUCCAAAAUCGAUGCAAGUAAAGACCCAAAAGAUGCUAAUAGUACUCCGAAAGAUGUCGAUAUAGUUAAUGACCCAAAGGAAAAUACAGAAGAAUCGUCAAAUGAUGGAAGAAGUACAGUUGAAGAUAACACCAUUGAUUUAAAUACGGAAGAUCAAAAUUCAAAAUUAAACAUUAAUCAUCACACUUUGGAGACAGAAAAAUAA